AUGCGAGUCGAGACCGGAAAACUGGAGGCCAAGCCCAAGCCCACGGGCGUAUCUUCUGCUCUACAGCCCGGCAAAAAGCGGGGCAACCGAGGUGGCAAAUCACGACCGAGACGAGAAAGAGAAAAGGGAGACGAAAAGCCGAAUAGAGACAAGGAGGAAGGAGACUCGGAGGACGACGACUCGGAGGAGCGCAAGGAGGAGAACGAGGAUGAUGACGACGCGGACCUUUGCCACAUUUGCGCGGAAAAAGUCAAGUACUACGCGAUCACACAGUGCAACAACGUCAUGUGCCACAAAUGUCCCUUACGACGAGAGGCGCUGUUUGGCAGCCGAAAGUGCGAGUUCUGCCGAAGUGAACACGAUUACGUGGUGAUUGCCAACUCGGCCGACAAGCGGUUUGAGGAGUACAGCGUGCUGGAUCUCAAGGCCAGCUCCGAUGAGUUCCACAUGAAGUUUGAGAGUGAGCCCAUCAAGAACGACUCGCUACUGCUGCUGAAACACAAGUGUCCGAUCUGCAAGUCGCAGCUCAAUAACGCGCAGCACUUCAAGGAUCACGUGCGGGACGCCCACCACAAGCAGGUCUGCAACCUCUGUUUUGUCCACAAGAAGCAGUUCCCCAUUGAGCGGCGGCUCUACGGCACUAAGCAGCUCACCGACCACAUGCAGCGCGGUAUGGCCCAGGAGAUUGGUUUUUCUGGCCAUCCCGAGUGCAAGUUCUGCCGUGAGCGAUUCUACGACGGCGAUCAUCUGUUCAAACACAUGCGAGACAAGCACGAAAAGUGCCACAUGUGCGAGAAGCUGAACCGUGGCAACCCGGAGUUUCAGCCGCGGUACUUCCGCAACUACGAACAUCUGUUUGAACACUUCAAGGACGAGCAUUACGUGUGUACUGUGCAGUCAUGUCUGGACGCCAAGUUUGUGGCCUUUGACAAUGACAUUGAUCUCAAGGCGCACCAGAUUGAACAGCAUCCUAAUUUGUACGCAGGCAAGGCAUCGCGAAACAUUGACGUUGCCUUUGAGCCUGUUCGAAGCGGUAACAAUCGACGCCGAGGCUUUGGAGGAGAGCUGAGCACCAUUUCCCAGCCUGCUCCCCAGCAGCAACAGCAACGCAACCAGCAGCAGCCGACUGUGGUUGAGCGAACAGGCCCGGCGUUUUCGGCAACUGAUUUCCCUGCUCUCGGAGGCUCUUCUGCCGCUGGAAGCAGUCGGUCAGGCAGCUCGACUCCCUCUGCUCCUGCAGCCCCCACUUCGCAGCAGCUGCAGAUGCGACGGCUCAACGAGCGGGCCCGCAACUACCUCGGUUACAGCAUGUCCAAGUUCGAUGAGUUUGAGGAGAUGACCAACAAGUUUCUCAGGUAUCAGAUUGACGGCAAGAAGCUGGUGUUUGGCUACGUGACGCUUUUCCAGGGCACAUCGACGUCGGACCUGGAGCUGCUGAUCGAAGAGGUGGCGGGCCUGAUGCAAAACUCGGGUGUCAAACAUAAGCUGCGAAUUGCAUGGGACGAACACAAGAAGAGCAAGACGGCUCCCACACUGCGGCUCGUUCCCAAAAACAAACCCAUGAUCAACUCGGCAUGGUCUGCAUCUUCUGCUGGUUCUUCUUCUGGUAGAGCCUCGGGCAGAAUGGAUACCCGCAGCGAGUCCGCUUUCCCUGCUCUCGGGGGUGGAUCUUCAGCAUCGUCGUCGCGGUCAGCAAGUACCUCUUCGUCGCGUGCUUCUUCAUCUACUAACCUUGCAGGCCGUAUGAACGGACUGUCGAUUUCGUCGCCCGGCGCGUCUUCUUCUUCGUUGGCUUCGUGGGGCGCUCCUGCUCCCAAGACCACCAAGAAAAUUGUGCGCAACGAGGCCGACUUUCCGGCUCUUCCCAAGGCCGCUCCCAAAAAGUACGGACGAGUGAACCCCGUGGUUCCCCCGGGCCAGUGGGGGGCUGCGUCUCUGCAUUCGCCCUACGAGGAGCCCGAGAACCCCAACACUCUCAAGACCACCAAGAAGGGCAAGAAGAUUGUUCUGGACCUGGGCUUGUAA